AUGUCCAAGCUGGACGGAAAAAGCUUCCAGAGGCUUGUGUCGGCUUGGCGUUACAAUUCCUUUGGGCAUCACAAGGAGGAUGGCCUGGUACUUUACAACCGAAUAUCAAUGUGUGCUCACUCAUGUGAUCCAACAUGCUGCUGGUCCUACGGAGACGAAGAUGCUUUCGUCCUCCGCAGCCGAAUGGCUCUGGACAAGGGCGAUGAGCUGACAAUCUCCUACCUACAGGAUGAGGACCUCUUAAAGAGCACGGCCGUUCGACAGCAGAAGCUUCAAAACUGGAAGUUUACCUGCAUGUGCCCCCGGUGCUCGCUGAAAGUUGAUUUUGGACGCGGCAUACGUUGUCAGCGGUGCAGAGUUGGGAUUUUGUAUCCCCAGGCAUCCAACACCAGCUUCGAACUCUGCAGGGUCUGCGGCAGCAGCCCCCCAUUAGAGGACAUUGCAAUGCUCCUCCACAUGGAGGAGGAGUAUGUCCAGAGAGUGGACAGCUUGGACAAGAAGGACUUGGAAGAUGUCCAGCAAGUGUACCAGGCGGCCUUGGACAUUUUUGAGAACCACUGGAUUCUGUACGUGAUGGACACAAUCCUGUGGGAGGGACACCGCCAGAAGAAUGUGAUGGAUGCGAUGGAGCAUCAGAGACGCCGAAUCGAUUUUCACCAGCAUUACUAUUUCAGGCCAACAUUCAUCUUGGCAUGGUGCCAUGAGGAACUGGGUGAUUGCAUGAUGGCGCAAUUCCCGACGAGAAAGUGGCACAUCGUGCAGGAGUUCCAGCGUGCCUACCAGAUGCUUGCAGUCCUGUGUGGGUCCACGCACCAGUACACUGCAAGUCCAUACAACAAGCUCUGGCAGGUUUCCAAUGGAAACUCCACCCCAGCAACGAACAAUGGCACUGCAGAUUCUGCAGCUCCUGAGGCCGGAAAACAAGCUUCGUGA